UAAGUCCCUCCCAGCAUAAAAAAAAGGAAGAAAGAGACGACGCCAUGUGUCUGUUCUACGCAAAUCCUCACCCUGUGUAACACCAAUUUUCUCUACCUCUAUUUCUAGGGUUUCUUCUCCCCUUACCUAUCCACCAUAACCGUCGUCGUCGUCGUCCAUAUUCCUCCGUCUCCGUUCGGUUUCAACGACAACACCAAUUUUCUCUACCUCUAUUUCUAGGUUUCUUCUCCCUUACCUAUCCACCAUAACCGUCGUCGUCGUCCAUAUUCCUCCGUCUUCGUUCAGUUUCAACGAUCGAGAUUGAUGGAUCUGGAGGUACUCGGCCGCCACGCGCUCCUCUUUGACGACGAUGCCAACUCGGCGUUCGUCAACUCUAAUGACGCUCUCGUGGAAUGGAAUUCUCUUCUCAUCGAUCGCUACGACGUUCGCCACCUUCUCCCAACACCGCUACCGCCACUCAAGAGGCGGCGCCACCACUCCUCUGCUUUGCCUGCUGAAAUUUCUCAGCUUGAGUUGGAGCUCGAUCAGGAAAGGUUCCUCGAUCUUCCGCCACCUUCCGAUGAACAAGGUAAAUAUUUUUAUGUAUGUGCUUUAUUUAUUUUCAUUUUUUAAUUGUAGAUGUAUCUCUUAAUUGAAUUAAGGAUCACAGCAUCUUGAUAUUAACUUCAUAGGUUAGGGUUCUGGGUUUUCGAAUUUGCCGUAUAAGUAACUUUUCCGUGGUCAGAUGCGAAGUUUGGUUUUUUCCUGCUUUCCGUUAUGAAAUUUGUUGCUGAGAAGAAGAGAUUUCAGAAAGUGAAAAUGAUGAACAUUUGUGAAAAGUAGUUCGUUUUAGGGAACCCUUCUUCUUCUUCUUUUCUCCCUUUCUUUCUCUCUAAAAGGCCAAAAAAAAAGGUAUUUUCAAUGUCUCUGGGGAAAGGUUCUAGAGCAUGGGCUAUUGAAUAUAGCUUGAAUUUUAGUUCAAAUUGAAUUUUUUUGUCGAAUAGUUGGACAGUGCCGAGAUGAUGAUCUCUUUUACAACUUGACAUGGCCACUCGUGGGACGCUACUUCACGAGCACAUUAAGAUAUACGUAAGUCAUGGUUUGCAAUUAAUGAGGCCUAUGUGGUAAUGCUUGCCAGCAUGUGAUAAUGUGGUGGUGCCUCAUUAGUUUUAAUGUCAUACAACAGCAAGAUUGUAUAGCAUCAUAUGAAAUAUAUGGGUGCUAUAGACCCAUAUGCUAAAAUGUGACUGUGGGAUGAUGUAGUGACUUGCCAUUAGUUGCUCUGUCAUCUUUCAAAUAGAUGGUAAGAAACUAUUUACCGACAAUGAGAAUAUGGUAUCACUAGAUAUCAAGUUAACCUCCUUUUCUCAUGUUCUUGAUCACAUUAAGGAGAUUGUGUUGAAAUAAAGAGUCCUCUAAAAGCUCACAAGAUAUCUAAUAUGUGUCAUGUUUAAAUCAAUUUGAUUAUGACUCAUUUAACCCAUUCAAGCUGAUACAUAUAAUCUACAUACAACCUGAAAGGCUGAUAUGAUAUACUAUUAUUUAUUUAACUGGAUCUAGACGAGUCCACUAUAUUUUUGCAUACGAUAUUCAUUUCUGGAACCAUUCCAGUGAUUGAAAUUAGAAACUUGACCCAUGAGAAAAAGGAGGGAAAGCACAUGAGCACUUUCUAGAUAUAGCAUCAAAAAGAGAGUCAUCGGAAUUAUAAGAUCCAUGGGGUGCAGAGGGCUAGAUUCUAAUUUUGAUCAGGAAAAUGCCAUUUUUCUUAACUGAUAUGUCAAAAAACUUUGUCUAGAUUAAUUACAAGGGUACUUUUGAAAAUAUUAAGACAAUGGAAGUUGUGAAGGGAGAAAUUGUAACUGUGUCAGUAGGUGGAGUCAUGAUGACAAGUUUGCCCAAUUUUGCUUUGUGGAGGUUUUCAUAUUCAUAGAUAAUUUGCAUGAUUUGAAGAAGGCUUUCUUGUUUUUUUUUUCCAUAACUAUCUAGAGUGGAGUUGGAAAUCCUAAAUGGUGAACCAUGAACCAAGGGGAUUCAUCUAUUGGCAUCUCUCAGGUAAACAAGUUUUAGAAGUACUAAUAAUCUUAAGUCUUCUUAUUGGUGCUGCAUUGGAAAUGAUGUGUCGGGGUAGAAACUAUAUUUGGUGAGCUGGGUUGAGCUCUGGGUGUUUGUUGCUAAUCUAUAUAAUUGUUAUGCUUCUGUUUUCAAAAUCAUUUCAAAGUUUGCAGGAACAGUGUCUAGUUUGCAACAGUUGCAUAUCUCAGAGAGACAAGUAAGGGUAUUUAAAUCUCACUCCGGCAAUUCCCUAAUGUUCUUCUAUCUUCAAUAUUAAUGUGUUUUCUUGGUUAUGUAUGUUAUCACACUAUUAAGGGUAAAACAAGCACAUGUAGAAUUAAUUUUGACUUUAUUUCUUCUUAUAUACAGAAUUAGAUAAUGGUUUGGAAAAGGCAGAUGCUGCUGGCUAUCACACUGUUGCCUUUUCAUAUGGGAACCCUGAUGGUUCUUCCAACCAAAAGAAUGCUGAUGCUGGAUCGGAUACUGCUUUCCAUCCACCCUUUCCAGUGCCCGAAAACCUACUCAACAACCUAUUUCAGAUGCUCGGGGCACGCAUGGAGUUCUUGUGACCUAAGGUUGCCAUUCAUGGGCAACUUGUUCCUUUUUGAUGUCAUGACCAAGGGACCGCGCAGGUGGGAUUAGGAUGAUAGAAUUUCAUUAUUUUACCAGGGAGGAUCAUCUUCAAAAUCACUCGUGAAAAAAUUGGAUGAAACAUUUCUUCAUAGAGUUCUGUUGCUUAAUCUUUAUGGUUAUCUGAAUGUAUUUGAGAUUCAAUGGUUUAAUCUUGGAAUUACUUUUUUUUUUUUUUUGAUAGGUAGUUUAAUCUUGGAAUUACUUAGUAAGCUUUCUAUUUCUUUUUAAUAUUGCACCUGUGUGAAGUAUGGCAUUGUUGAAAGAAAGAACUGCUUUUUGUAUGUUUUUACAGCCUCCAACAGAGAAGCUACAUCAGAUCAUUGCGAGGACUGCUAUGUUUGUUAGCAGACAUGGUGGGCAAUCAGAAAUUGUUUUGAGGGUGAAACAAGGAGACAACCCAACAUUUGGAUUCUUGAUGCCUGACCACCAUCUUCAUGCGUACUUUAGGUUUCUUGUUGACCACCGAGAACUUCUAGAGUCUGAUGUUGAUGGCAAAACUGAAGAAGAGAAGAAAGCUGAUAAUGAGGAAAAUCAGACAGGUGGUGUUGGAGGAGGUGGAGCUUUGUCCUUGCUUGGUUCUGUAUAUGGGUCUGGGGAGGAUGAGGAGGGCACAAAUAUGGAUUCCUCUGAAUCUCAAGAAAAUGAUCGUAAGGAAACCUCCACAGCUGCUAAUACAGUGGUUUCUCAUGGUUCAGAGGGGAUGGUUUCUUCUAUGAAUAUAGAUGGAAACAAUGAAGCAAUUCCUAAGCAUCUGCCUCCUAAAGAAAAAGCUCCUCUGUCAAAAAGGAACCGUGUUGCCAGUACAGUUAAGGGUGGAGCUGCAAGUAGCUUGAAAAAGAAAGGUGAAGACUUGGGUUCACUUGGUGCUGCCAUGGACAAGUCACAGACUUCUGCAUUGCCAAGCACCUCCAAGGUUAAAACAUUGGUUUUGGAGCCUCCCUCUGAUUUAAAGAGAUUGGUUGAUAAGAUAGUUGAGUUCAUUCUAAAAAAUGGGAAGGAAUUUGAGGCAGUGCUUGUUGAACAGGACAAUAAACAUGGGAGAUUUCCAUUUCUUCUGCCAUCCAACCAGUAUUACCCUUAUUAUCUGCAAGUUCUUCAAAAAGCUCAAGAGUCAAAAUUAACUGGCAAGAAUCUCAAUUCAGAGAAGGAUGGGCUGGACAAAAGAACUGCUUCAUCCAAUGAUGCUGCCUCCUUGGGUUCUUCUUAUCAUGAUAUGCCAUUUGAUUCUGACAGGAAAGAAAAGUUUAAGAUGGUACUUGGCAAGUCAAGGAAAGAUGGACAGGAUCAUCCUUCCAAACCGACCCAGCAACAGAUUGGUGUUAGCUUGGAUACAGCUGCAGCCAUUCUUCAGGCUGCCACGAGAGGCAUUAAGAAUCCCAAUUUCGACAUUCUUCCAAGGACAUCAUCAAAUGGUAUCAGUAAUGGCCUUAGCAGUGAGGGUGGGCAGGCUUCUAGUUUUCAGAGUCGCUUUUCUUCUCAACCUCAUAGUUCCAGCCAAAAGUCAGAUCCAAAUGAAGGGCCCAGUGUUUCUGUCCCUGUUGCCAAGGCUAUUGCAAAUACAGCAGCACUUGCUGCUGCAAGUGAGGCUGACUCAUCUGAAGCACACUUGACUAAAGAGCAGAAGCUGAAGGCUGAAAGAUUGAAACGAGCAAAGAUGUUUGCAGCCAUCAUAAAAGGAGGAGCUGGGCCUUUAAAAACUGAAACAGUCCGUAGCUUAUCGGUAGAACCGCCUGAAUCUGGGGUUUCUGGUUUAGGUGGGUUGGGUGGUGAAGCUUUAAAUCUUGCCAGCAAAGAAAGAGAAGGCAGCUCAGUUCCAGUAGAUGUUGAUACAUCCGGCAAAACUGAGAAGCCAGAAAGAGAACAUUCUGACACUGAACAUAAUGAACGGCGAUCAAGGAGGAAGUAUCGGUCAAGAUCAAAAAAACUUGAAGAAGAAGAAGAAGAUGAUGAUGAUGACAAUUAUGGCGAUGAUGGAAAAGAAGAGGAUGAAAAAGAAGACAGAAGGGAUCGCAAGCACUCUAGGAAGAAGCACCGCUCUCAUCAUUCUUCACAUUGCAGUAGAGACAGGCAUAAGCAUAGAAAAAGGCAUUCUUCUUCCAAGGACCGAGAGUCUCGGCAUCGGCACAAGCAUGAGUAUUCUGAUGAUGAGCAUCGGGACCGAAGAAAACGAAGUAAGAAAUCUAAUUCAGAAAGAGAAGCAGACUUGGAAGAAGGGGAGAUCAGUACAAAAUCCUCAGAUCAAUCAAAAGUCAGUGUGGGUGAAGGUGCCAGUAGAGAAGCUUCCGUGGAUUUAUCAAAUUCCCACCAAGAUCCUAGGCCCCCAUCUCAGCCCUCUGAUACCACCCAGGUUUCCGAUGAUCUUAGAGCCAAAAUUCGGGCAAUGUUACUGGCAACCUUGUAGUGUCAGCAGCAAAACCAUUUUGUUUACUCCACUGUUUUGCCAUGACAGCUGCGGAUAUUAUUAUUCGGCCUUUGUUGUAAAGAGCCAAUGGAUAAUUACCUUUCUCCCUUUGAUUUCCCCUCUUCUUUUCUGGUGAUUGUUUUCGAGUGUUGUAAUAGAGCUUUGAGUUCAUAGCAAAUUUACCUAUUAUUAAGAUGAUCCA